AUGGCGGAUCAGCAGAUCACGCAGUGUGCCUCCUGGAUGCACUUGCGCAAGGCCAAGCUUGCGAUCACCACAAUGCUGAUGCCACCACAGCCGACACCACACGCACCAGCAGCAUCAGACUUGGGUCCACUCGUCAGGCUACUACUGCUGAGCAGCGUUGCGCUACAAGCUGUUGAUCCAGCGAAGGACAUCGACUAUAACGAACUCAACGGCGAAGAAGAUGGUGCCGAGGGCGACCGCUUGGCUCAAAGCGACGCUUCUUAG